GACAGGCAAGUUCCGUUGUUUGACAUGAAAGUUAGGUUUUAAUGACUAGGUGUAUAGUGCGGAAUUGAAACGUUGAAAAAGCUCAAUAAAUACAUAAUUUCCCUUGUAAAAAAUGUUAAGAUCUUGUCCUUUCGUUCGGUAAUAAAACCACUUCGUACAGUUGUGAUAGCCAAUCUAUAUACGUGAUUUUUCCUCGGUGUGAUAUUGGAAAGUUUGAGGUUAUACUGAGUUAACAAAGUUUUUGUAACACGUUUAUGCCAAUUUACUUUUUGCUUCGGGUUGAUUAACCAACACCAUGGAGGACGCGCACACUAAAUCAGUAGAUGAAGUGUUAAAUUACUUCAAUGCUGAUCCUGAACGGGGACUAACAUUAGACCAAGUAAAAAGGAACCAAGAAAAAUACGGCCCUAAUGAACUUCCCGCGGAAGAAGGAAAGUCGAUAUGGCAAUUAGUUUUAGAGCAAUUCGAUGAUCUUCUAGUCAAGAUUUUACUGUUAGCCGCUAUUAUUUCAUUUGUCCUCGCUUUAUUUGAGGAACAUGAAGGUGCAUUCACAGCUUUCGUAGAACCUUUCGUUAUUCUUCUUAUUCUUAUCGCGAACGCCGUCGUAGGAGUCUGGCAGGAACGAAAUGCCGAAUCUGCCAUCGAAGCCCUCAAGGAAUACGAGCCCGAGAUGGGUAAGGUUCUCAGGGCAGACAAGUCAGGUAUACAAAAGAUCAGGGCGAGGGAAAUCGUCCCAGGUGAUAUCGUUGAGGUAUCCGUUGGUGACAAAAUUCCCGCCGACAUCCGUUUGAUCAAAAUCUUCUCGACCACCCUACGUAUCGAUCAGUCCAUCUUGACCGGUGAAUCCGUAUCUGUGAUCAAACAUACCGACGCCAUCCCAGACCCUAGGGCCGUGAACCAAGACAAGAAGAACAUCCUGUUCUCCGGUACCAACGUAGCUGCCGGUAAAGCUAGAGGUAUCGUGAUGGGAACCGGAUUGAACACAGCCAUCGGUAAGAUCCGUACCGAAAUGUCCGAGACUGAAGAAAUCAAGACACCUCUCCAACAAAAACUCGACGAAUUCGGUGAACAAUUAUCGAAAGUCAUCUCUGUGAUUUGCGUUGCCGUAUGGGCGAUCAACAUUGGACACUUCAACGAUCCAGCUCACGGUGGAUCAUGGAUCAAAGGAGCAGUAUACUACUUCAAAAUUGCCGUAGCUUUGGCCGUAGCCGCUAUCCCUGAAGGUCUACCGGCUGUAAUCACAACUUGCUUGGCUCUGGGUACCCGUCGUAUGGCCAAAAAGAACGCCAUCGUCAGAUCCUUACCUUCCGUCGAAACCUUGGGUUGUACUUCCGUCAUCUGCUCCGAUAAAACUGGAACCUUGACCACCAACCAGAUGUCCGUCUCCCGCAUGUUCAUCUUCGAUAAGGUCGAAGGAAACGACAGCAGCUUCCACGAAUUCGAAAUCACCGGAUCCACCUACGAGCCUAUCGGAGAAGUUUUCCUCAAGGGACAGAAGGUUAAAUGCUCAGAAUACGACGCGCUUCAAGAAUUGGGAACCAUCUGUAUCAUGUGCAACGACUCUUCCAUCGAUUUCAACGAAUUCAAACAGGCCUUCGAGAAAGUCGGUGAAGCUACCGAAACCGCCCUUAUCGUGCUCGCAGAGAAGAUGAACCCAUUCAGCGUAUCCAAGGGCGGAGACCGUCGCCAGAAAGCCAUCUGCGUCAGGCAAGACAUCGAGACCAAAUGGAAGAAGGAGUUCACCUUGGAAUUCUCCAGAGAUCGCAAAUCUAUGUCGUCUUACUGCGUGCCAUUGAAACCAUCCAGGCUUGGAAACGGACCCAAACUUUUCGUCAAAGGUGCCCCAGAAGGUGUAUUGGACAGGUGCACCCAUGCCCGUGUCGGUACUCAGAAAGUUCCUCUUACCACUGCCCUCAAGAACAGGAUUUUGGAAACUACCAAGUCCUACGGUACAGGACGCGACACCUUGCGUUGUCUCGCUUUGGCUACCUGUGAUAACCCAAUGAAACCAGAUGAAAUGGAUCUUGGCGACUCUAACAAAUUCUACACCUACGAAGUUAACCUCACCUUCGUCGGAGUCGUCGGUAUGUUGGACCCUCCACGUAAGGAAGUAUUCGAUUCCAUCGUCAGAUGUCGUGCCGCUGGUAUCCGUGUCAUUGUAAUCACCGGUGACAACAAGGCCACCGCUGAGGCUAUCUGCAGAAGGAUUGGUGUUUUCACCGAAGACGAAGAUACGACUGGAAAGUCUUACUCUGGACGUGAAUUCGACGAUCUCCCAAUUUCUGAACAAAGAGCAGCAUGCGCCCGCGCUAGGCUUUUCUCCCGUGUGGAGCCAGCACACAAGUCCAAGAUCGUUGAGUACUUGCAGAGCAUGAACGAAAUUUCCGCUAUGACUGGUGAUGGUGUAAAUGAUGCCCCCGCUUUGAAGAAGGCCGAAAUUGGUAUUGCCAUGGGUUCGGGAACUGCCGUAGCCAAAUCCGCAUCUGAGAUGGUGCUCGCCGACGAUAACUUCUCCUCCAUCGUAGCCGCAGUAGAGGAAGGACGUGCCAUCUACAACAACAUGAAACAAUUCAUCCGUUACUUGAUUUCAUCGAACAUUGGUGAGGUCGUCUCCAUUUUCUUGACUGCCGCUCUUGGUCUUCCAGAAGCUUUGAUCCCCGUCCAACUGUUGUGGGUCAACUUGGUAACUGACGGUCUACCAGCUACUGCCCUCGGUUUCAACCCACCAGAUCUUGACAUCAUGUCCAAACCCCCAAGGAAGGCCGACGAAUCUCUUAUCUCCGGUUGGUUAUUCUUCAGGUACAUGGCUAUUGGAGGUUAUGUAGGUGCCGCUACCGUUGGUGCUGCCGCCUGGUGGUUCAUGUACUCACCGUAUGGUCCUCAAAUUACCUACUACCAAUUGACCCACCAUCUCCAAUGCAUCAGUGGUGGUCCUGAAUUCAAAGGAGUUGAUUGCAAGGUCUUCAACGAUCCACACCCAAUGACCAUGGCUCUGUCUGUACUAGUAACAAUUGAAAUGUUGAACGCUAUGAACAGUUUGUCUGAAAAUCAAUCUCUUAUUGCUAUGCCCCCAUGGUCUAAUUGGUGGUUAGUUGGCUCAAUGGCUCUUUCCUUCACACUCCACUUCGUUAUUCUAUAUGUUGAUGUCCUCUCAGCUGUAUUCCAAGUGACCCCAUUGACUGUUGAAGAAUGGGUAACAGUAAUGAAAUUUUCGAUUCCAGUAGUGUUACUUGAUGAGACACUCAAGUUCAUUGCAAGAAAGAUCACUGACGGUGAGAACCCAAUUUACACUGUUCAUGGAAUUAUACUAAUGUGGGCUGUGUUCUUUGGUUUGUUGCUUGUGAGCCCCAUAUAAGUGUGAUCUGACUUUAAUUUUAAAAUACGCCUCAUUCAACGAGGGUACGCGUUUUUGCGCUGUGUGUCUGUGUUAAAUUAUCCAGCCGGAUUAAGGAAUUUACUCAGGUCAUCUUUCAACAUCGAGGAUUCGUUUUGUAGGUCCAUUUUUUCUCCAUUUAAAUAGUGCCUUCGCAAAGGAAACCUGUAUUCAGUACAAUAACGUCGUUUUAAUAUUUUUGUUCCCCAAUUUUAUAUUCUUAUUUUUUGUUGGGUACUUCAUUUCAAUCCGUUCUGCCAAAAAAUUGUUUUCCUCUUCGAUGUUCAAAAAUGACUACCAUUGAUUAUUCUAAUAUUGAAUUGUAUUUGAACUUGAGACAACAACUGCAUUUGUUAAUUUGUGAGAACAAUUCGUACUGAUACAGUGAAAAAUCUUAAAUUCAUUCAGGCAGGUUUAAUAGUUGUUUAAAUAACGGCAUUAAUUUAUGAUGAAUCAUUCGCAUGGAAAUUCCAAAAAAAAAUCUGAAAGACUGACUUAAAAACCCUUAAAAUUAUUUUAUAUUAUUCAACUCGAUAAAUCCAAUGGAGAGAUUCCCGUAGAACGAAAGGACGUUUUCAAGUUUGCACAAGACAUACACAGAAAAUGUUUUGGCCCGUUUAAUGCUUUCAUCUAAACAUUAUCGUUUCUUAAUUUUUUGAAAUUUUGCUCCCUCCUUUGUACUUAUUUAAAGUAAGUAAAAUUGAAAUCAAAAUGCCUGUUUUUCCUUUGUUGCCAAUCAUGUCUUGUUUUGUCUUCGUGAAAUAAAUAGUCAGUGUGUGUCCAUUCACUCGCAUCAGUUUCAUAACUAAUCAGCAUCUGCCAGUAUAAGUUGAACUCAAGAGAACUAAAUAAAAUUUUUAAAUUAGUGAACUUAGCUUUGAAGUCAAGAAAUUUGGACAUAGGAGAAAAUAUCAUAUUUUUUCGUAGUUUUUUAUUAACCCUGAAAGAUUUUUUUUUCGAUAUAAAGGGAAUAAUUCGCAGCAGAUACAUUGAUGUACAUUUGCCUAAAUGAGUUUUAUGAGGAUGGCUGUACAUUUGAUAAUAAUAUUGUCUUGAAUUUAAUAUUUAUUUAUGGCAGGUUUUUUCUUUUUUGUAUAUUAUAUAUUAGAAUUUGAGGUUUUUACAGUUUACUGAAAUUAGAUCAUUUUAGUGAUCGGAAAUAUUAGUGAACCAUUAGUUUUCUAUUCAAGUAAACUGUAACAGAUAAUAAUGAUAAAUAAUGAUUUGGAUACAAGUUACUCGUUCGUACUUCAGUGAUGGUCCCCACAAAACUCCUGAUGAAUAUGUUCAACACAUGUCAUAUUCAAUUUGUUGUGAACAUAAUCUAAAAGGAAAUCCGUCAUUGAAGUAUGUGUGGUCGAUUUCGUUUUUGGCUAUGUGCCAAAAUUUAAGGUUAGGAUCUUUUUCUAUCUAUUCCAACUAUUUAUGAAAAUGAUUUUAUUGUAGGUAAUUUAGUAAUUGAUAUAUUUGAUGUAGAACAUACCUCCAUAUUACUACUUUGUAAAAUUUUACUGCGAAAAAAUGUAAAUAUUUGUAUUGGGCCGUGUUGAGAAAACAAUAAAGUUGAAAACCUUUUGAAGUUUGUUGA